GUAACCGGAUCCGUGAAGAAAAGGUCAGCGACGCGCUCUCGAUGCAUGUUCGUAGCUUUCGCAUCCAAGUGAGCCACCAUAGGGUACUCUACGAUGAUAGCGGCACCAGCAUCCUCCCCAACGCCUACGCCUACGCCUGCGCCGACCCUAGCCAGCGCGUACGGCCUCGGCCUCGGCCUCCAACCUCGAGCGACCGACUAUCUCGACUACGACACCUCUUGCUAUUACAAUGUCAAUGGCCUCCAGUGCACGACCAUCCUCACCGGCUGUUACGACGCCUUCCUCAGCGAAAGUGACUACGACGAGGCCGCCUCGACGUGCUACUGCAACUAUGGCAUCUCCUACCUCGACUGCUACUACUCCCAGGUUGCCACGGGAAGCUGCGCCAGCUACUUCUUCACCGGAGACUACGCCGAGUUCCAGAUGUCCUUCUACACGGAAUAUUGUGGGAGCAUCCCCCCGAGUGCCAUGGCCCAUAUCACGCCGCCGGCAAGUGUGUCGCUGGCUCUCAAAACCGUCGACGUUGUCACGGCCACGGGCGCGCUGGAGCAGCCCGACUAUAAUGCUCCGGCCCUCUACCAAGGCUCAGGCGAACUGCUUCAAGGACGCUGCAGGGAGACUGGGUUUACCCUUGUCGAUGCUGGCAACACGGUUUACUACGCAGGGCUGAUGGGCUGCAACAUGGCCAGCCCGGAGUGUUGUCCCUGGGCCGUGGCUACCGCAGCGUCUUCGUCAGCUGGCAAGGACAACGUCGACUAUGCCUUCCCGCAGCCUGCCGCCACGAACCUGGCUCAGCUGGCCAAGUGUGCCGAUGACUACUACUCCAUUUCUGGAGGGUGCUGCCCAAUCGGCUUUUGGCCCUUCACAGCAGCUGUCGGUGGGAUCACGCCUUGUUGGAGCUCCGUCAGCAGUGUCGAACCUCCCACCCUCACCGUCCAGAAAGACGCCCAAACGCUGGACAAGCCCACGUCAGCCGUCGUCAACAUCAUCUGGUCGAUGCGGUACACCCUCGAAUCCGGGCAUGGCGGCCUAUCAACCGCUGCCAAGGCCGGGAUUGCGGCAGGAGCCGGUGUCGCAGCCAUUCUCAUCGCCGGCCUGGCCAUCUGCCUCUGGAGAUCCCGCCGUGAGAACAAGAAGCUGUCGGGAAACCAGCCGUCGAUCCUUCCGGUCUUGCUUCAGCAACCUCCACAACCACAACAAAAGCCGCAUUUCCAGCAAACGCCAAUGAAGCAGUACCUUCCCGAACUAGGCGGCCAGCCCGCUUACGGCGGUUACCCACCAGCCGGGAUGAUGGUAUCGCCGAGCAGCACCCUCUCCCCGCCCUCUGAUCGCACCAGCGUGGUGACUACCUUGAUCCCGACGUCGGCCGCGGCGCUCAUCCCACAGCACACGGGUGCCUCAAACGGCCCCGUUAGCGAGCUGAACUCUCAGUCUGACCGGGCAGGGGGUUACUUCGCUGGCGCGGCGGCAGUAAAUCCGCGUGUAUCUUCUGGCACAUGCAGUCCACCGACGGGAGCAGCUAACGGACAGGACGGCUACCCAGCGCCCAUUGCCGAGGCGGACGAGGGUCAGGCUCAGUAUCACGGUCAAUACCAGUAUCAGCACUAUCAUCAGCAGCAGCAUCAUCAACAGUUCUAUGACCAGGGGCGAGGAGCAGGGUAUUAUCCUCCCGCUCAUCCGCAAGGCCAUCCACAACAGCAGGGAGGUCAUGUCUACCUCCAGCAGCCGCAGCAGCAGCGGCAGGGGUAUCAGACGAAUGUGCCAGGGAUAAGCGCCAAUCGUGAGGUGGAUUCGCCGCAGGAGGUCAUGGGGAGUCAGGGGCACUAUGGGAUUCAGAGGCGCUGAGUUGCUGUCUUCUGCUGGCUUGAGGUAGCCUUUGGUCGUGUUUUUGCUUGGCUUGAUUCCAUUCAGUCGAGCAUGUUGAAGCACGAUAUCGGAUAUGAUACCCCGUGUCGUGUUACCUAUUGGUCGGGCGCGAGGGGUUGGUUG